CUGGCUAGUUCUUAUUUUCCGCCGAUCGCCUAACACUCGGUCUCGAGGCGACAGCAUUAUUUCGCCCCCUUCGGUUCACCCUAAUCAUCUGCCAAUUACUUCCUUCGCAAUGGCCGCUGCUACUGCCCCCGGCGCUGUUGACCAGCUUGCCGCCGACCUUGGCAACGCCUCUCUCAACGGCGGUGAUGCGAAACCGACCUUGAUCAAUACUAAUGUUGCUCCCGACGCCCACGGCGACGGGGGUGAUGCUGCUGGACCCACCCCCAGCUCUGCCCAGACUCCUCACCCUGCCGUAUCCGCCUCUCUCUACGUCGGUGAACUCGACCCUUCCGUCACCGAAGCCAUGCUGUUCGAGCUCUUCUCUCAGAUAGGCUCUGUCGCCUCGAUUCGCGUUUGCCGUGACGCCGUUACUCGCCGCUCCCUCGGCUAUGCCUACGUCAACUAUAACACUACUGCUGAUGGCGAGCGUGCUCUCGAGGAGCUCAACUACACUCAGAUCAAGGGACGUCCGUGCCGUAUCAUGUGGUCCCAGCGUGACCCCAACCUGCGCAAGAGCGGGCAGGGCAACAUUUUUAUCAAGAACCUGGAUGCUGCCAUCGAUAACAAGGCCCUCCACGACACCUUUGCCGCUUUUGGUAACAUCCUGAGCUGCAAAGUCGCCCAAGAUGAGAACGGCAACUCCAAAGGAUACGGCUUUGUGCAUUACGAGACCGACGAGGCUGCUGCUCAAGCCAUCAAGCAUGUCAACGGAAUGUUGCUCAAUGAGAAGAAGGUCUACGUUGGUCACCACAUUCCCAAGAAGGACCGCCAGAGCAAGUUUGAGGAGAUGAAGGCGAACUUCACCAACGUUUACGUGAAAAAUAUCCAAGCGGACGUUACUGACGACGAGUUCCGGGAGCUCUUCGAGAGAUUUGGUGACGUAACUUCGUCGUCUUUGGCUCGUGAUAACGAGGGCAAAUCCCGUGGCUUUGGCUUUGUUAAUUUCACCACCCACGAAAGUGCCGCCAAGGCGGUUGACGACCUUAACGGCAAGGAUUUCCAUGGACAGGACCUCUACGUUGGCCGGGCCCAGAAGAAGCACGAGCGCGAGGAGGAAUUGCGCAAGUCUUACGAGGCGGCUCGCCAAGAGAAGGCCAACAAGUACCAGGGGGUGAACCUCUACAUUAAGAACUUGGACGAUGAUGUCGACGACGAUAAGCUGCGCCAGAUGUUCGCCGAGUUUGGCGCCAUUACCUCCGCCAAGGUGAUGCGUGACACUAUCAGUGACGCGGAGGAAGAGAAGGAGGGCAAGGAUAAAGAGAACCAGAAGGAAUCCGGCGACGAGGGGAAGGAGGAGGGCGAGAAGAAGGAUAAAAAGCCCGAAAGGAAGCUCGGGAAGAGUAAGGGCUUUGGAUUCGUAUGCUUUGCCAACCCCGACGAUGCGACAAAGGCCGUCAGCGAUAUGAACCAACGCAUGUUCAACAACAAGCCGUUGUAUGUCGCGCUAGCCCAGCGGAAGGAUGUUCGGAAGAGCCAGCUUGAGGCUAGUAUCCAAGCUCGCAACCAACUCCGGAUGCAGCAAGCUGCGGCGGCAGGGAUGCCUCAGCAGUACAUGCAACCUCCCGUGUACUACCCUCCAGGUCAGCAGCCGGGUUUCCCUCCCCAAGGCGGCCGCGGCAUGCCAUUCCCUGGUAUCGGCAUGCCGGGCGCGCAAGGUGGCCGACCUGGCCAAUUCAACCCUACUGCAUACGGAGGACCUCAGGGAGGUCGCGGUGGACCCAUACCUCAACUUCCACCUAGCAUGUAUCUCCCGAGCCAGUUUCCGCCAGGUGCUCCGUACGGGCAGCCCGGCACCCCACAGUUUAUGGCCGCGAUGGCCCAGGUGCAGCAGGCGGCCCUGGGGGGUGGUCGCGGCGUCCCCGCCGGCCGAGGACCAAUUCAGGCAAUUCCGGCCAACAUGGGUUUACCGGGCGGCCCUGGCGGCAUGCCUGGCUACCCCCCUAAUUCGCGGCAGGGUGGUUCUGCGGGUCGUGGCGGGAUAAACAACCGGAAUGGCCAACCGGGACAAUUCCCUCCCCAGGGUGGACGCGGGAUCCCUAACCAACCGAUCGGCAACGUCUCGAAUGCACAGCAAGACCUAACCCCGACUGCAAUUUUGCAUUCACAGCUGCAAGCCCAAGGCAACCCGCAACAGCAGAAGCAGAUGCUUGGCGAGCUGAUCUUCCCCAAGAUUCAGUCAAUCCAGCCGGAUCUGGCAGGCAAGAUUACGGGCAUGCUUCUAGAGAUGGACAAUGCCGAGCUUGUCAACCUCAUCGAAGACGAGAGCGCUCUCCGGGCGAAGGUCGACGAAGCCAUGGCCGUCUAUGACGAUUACAUCAAAACUCAAACUACCACGGAGGGUGAAGCCGGAAAGAAGGAUGACAAGGCCGAUGACAAAGCAUAAACGGGGGCGAUGGCGCUCCUUUUUAUAUAUCCUCGCGCCUUCUGUGGCGAAAAGGGUUUAUGUCCUAUCCUGUCUCCUUCGGCGUCAAUUCCCCCAAUACUUUGACGGUUUGGAAGGUCAAUUCCCGCAACUGGUUUCGGAAAAGUUAUGACAU